GGGAGGAGCCUGCCCUAAUGCAGUAUAGCACUGUAGCAGCAACAGAAGUCUCUCACGCAGCACUCAUCUGAGCGCUAACGCAACCACCGGAGAGAAGCGGACAUCGAUGCGAGAAGGGGGGAAGCAGGACUGGGGAUUGUAGCAGACUACCAGCCUGACGCAUUUUUCCGGUCCCCUCGCUGCUGCAGUUGGAAAAUCUUUGCCCCGACCAGAACCUUAAGCCAAGAACAUUUAUUGCAGCACACCGUGGGGGGCGACAAAUACGCGACACUCUCAUUUAAUUCUGUAGCAUAUCGGCUCUUCACAUUCGUUUCGUGCAGUUGCUCCGGAAUACAGCGGGAGACUAGUUGAUACAGCCAGACCGACACCCACCGGUGAACGACGUGACAUUGAUCUUUUUAGAUACGAAAUUAAGUCGUUGCCGCCCAGUCGAGGCGCACAGCUAAAUCGGUGUUACAGACCUGUGCGCUGUUAGGCACUGUGGGAAGUGGCCGUGAUUGCGUAGUCCUCCCCGGAGCGGACGGUCAGGACCUGCAGUAUAUCUGCCGAUUUGUCGCCCUGUUGUGUCCGCGGUGAGGUCUGAAUCAUGACGAACAGCCCGCUGCUGCCGCGGACCCUCUGCUGAAGCGAAGGUUCAGGACCAUGGAUACUCGUCUGUCUGCUUUAGGCUUCCGAAGUUACGCCAUCAUAAAUGGAGGAAGACAUUGACACCCGUAAAAUCAACAACAGCUUCCUUCGCGACCACAACUAUGCAACUGAAGCUGACAUCAUCUCCACUGUUGAGUUCAACUCCACAGGAGAACUCUUGGCCACUGGGGACAAGGGAGGACGAGUGGUGGUGUUCCAGAGAGAGCAGGAGAGUAAGAACCAGCCGCACAGGAGAGGCGAGUACAAUGUUUACAGCACCUUUCAAAGCCAUGAGCCCGAGUUCGACUACCUGAAGAGCCUGGAGAUCGAGGAGAAGAUCAACAAGAUCCGCUGGCUGCCGCAGCAGAAUGCCGCCUAUUUCCUCCUCUCCACCAACGACAAAACUGUGAAGCUCUGGAAGAUCAGCGAGAGAGACAAGAGACCCGAGGGCUACAACCUCAAGGACGAGGAUGGCAGGAUCCGGGACCCGGCCACCAUCACGACGCUGCGGGUCCCCGUGUUGCGGCCUAUGGACCUCAUGGUGGAGGCCACGCCCCGGCGCAUCUUCUCCAACGCCCACACGUACCACAUCAACUCCAUCUCCGUCAACAGCGACUACGAGACCUACAUGUCCACCGACGACCUGAGAAUUAACCUCUGGAACCUGGAGAUCACCAACAGAAGCUUCAACAUCGUGGACAUCAAGCCUGCUAACAUGGAGGAGCUGACGGAGGUGAUCACGGCCGCAGAGUUCCACCCCAACCAGUGCAACACCUUCGUCUACAGCAGCAGCAAGGGCUCCAUACGGCUGUGUGACAUGAGGGCGUCGGCUCUCUGCGACAACCACUCCAAGUUUUUUGAAGAGCCGGAGGACCCCAGCAAUCGCUCCUUCUUCUCCGAGAUCAUCUCCUCCAUCUCAGACGUGAAGUUCAGCCACAGUGGGCGGUACCUGAUGACACGGGACUACCUCACGGUGAAGGUGUGGGACCUCAACAUGGAGAGCAAGCCUCUGGAGACCUACCAGGUGCACGACUACCUGAGGAGCAAGCUCUGCUCACUGUAUGAAAACGACUGCAUCUUUGACAAGUUUGAAUGUGUCUGGAAUGGAUCUGACAGCGUGAUCAUGACGGGCUCCUACAACAACUUCUUCCGAAUGUUUGACCGCAAUACGAAGCGGGACGUGACCCUGGAGGCGUCCCGCGAGAACAGCAAGCCGCGGGCGGUGCUCAAGCCGCGCAAGGUUUGCGUCGGCGGCAAGCGGCGCAAGGACGAGAUCAGCGUGGACAGCCUGGACUUCAGCAAGAAAAUCCUGCACACCGCCUGGCACCCCCAUGAGAACAUCAUCGCCGUGGCGGCCACCAACAACCUCUACAUAUUCCAGGACAAGGUCAACUAGCAUGGCCCCACCCCCCCUCCACCACCACCCCCAGCCUCCCCCCGAGACCACGG